AAAAUAGGUUUCAUUAAAGGGAAUCAUUUACUCUUAUAACCUCUCUUUGAUUAAUUAAAAAAAAAAACAUCUUCACGACUAUUAACAACCACCGCGUCGGAUCUUCCACAAUCUCCGACGCGCUCCCGAUCUCAUCUGACCAUGCGCGACUCGUCCUCGAGACUCUAGCCUCCGUGCUCCACUCCGAGACCGAUCCUCUCGUUACGGCAACUUUACAAAUCUGAAUGCAAAGAUUCUUCCUCGCUGGAUUCACUUCCUUCCAUUCCUUCUCUCUCCGCCGCGAUUCGAUUCUAGUAACGGCGGAUGAACUUCCAGGUAGAUCAAUACAUGACCGUAGAAGAACCUGUUACUUCAUAGAGAAUGGUAGACUUUUGAGGUCUGUUUCUGGUAGUGACGUAGAAGAAACCUAUAUAGAAAGUGUGAUCUUGAGUGUUGUGAGGAAUAUAGAGAGUGGGAGAGGAAUGGGGAGCUCAGGAUCAGGUGUUGUGGAUUGGACGGUGGGGUCAAUUGUGUGGGUGAGGAGAAGGAACGGCUCGUGGUGGCCAGGGAGGAUACUGGGAUAAGAUGAUCUUGACUCUACCAUUAUCAAUUCUCCACGAUCUGUAACUCCGGUGAAGCUUCUUGGAAGAGAGGAUGCAAGGAUUGGUACAAC